CGCCCAGAUCGCAAACCUUUAAGAGCUUAUAGGACAGCUCCAGAGUCUUCUAGGAAGGCUGUACACUCCUUGAAGACAACCAGUAAAGGCCCACCCAUGGCUCGGCAGGUCCUGGGCAUCACACUGGCCAUGUGAUUGGCCUGGCCGGCACCAUCAUCAUCUGCGCGCUGCCCAUGUGGAAGGUCACCGGCUUCAUCGGCACCAACAUUGUGGUGGCACAGGUCUUCUGGGAGGGCCUGUGGAUGAUGUACAUGUAUGAGCGCACAGGCCAGAUGCAGUGCAAGUGGUACGACGUGCUGCUGGACCUGGAGUGAAGGACCUUCAUCACUUUACCUGUACAGCAGAACUAAAGCGAGUGGCAGCUUCCUUGCCAGCAAGCACUCAGAAGAAACACAAUGGUGUCCAUGUGUCGGCAGAUGCUGGGGUUUACCCUAGCCAAUGUUGGCUUCCUGGGAACUACCGUGACUUGUGGUCUUCCCAUGUGGAAGAAAGAGAACACCAAAGAGGUAAAACGGCCCCGGGCUGCGAUCCCAGCUGUGGUGGAUGGCACAUGGAUUGUGAUCCCAUGCAAAAGCAAUGCUGAAUGCAAGGCAUUUUGCUUCCAGCAGAUGUGAUUUCAGAUUGGUUACAGCUUUCAAUCACAGCACUGUAAAACAGAGCACGGAACGGAGGGGAAAUGCAGCCCCACCUUUGCUGUCCCAGGUACAAAGAAUCCUGAAAGGCAGGUAUUCAUUGGCUGGCCAAAACCUUCCUGCACAACAGUACACACCUCCUUCUUACACACGUUAAAAACAGUUCAGCUGCCUCUAUUUUCCAUUUUGCACUUGAGGAAGGGAGCAGCUCGAUUUUGAGCGUUGACCGCAACUGAUGCAGGAAUGGCUUCCAUGAGUAUCCAGUUGUUGGGCUGCAUCCUGGCCCUGAUUGGCUGGGUCGGCGUGAUCAUCGUCUGCGCCUUGCCCAUGUGGAGGGUGACGGCCUUCAUCGGCUCCAACAUCGUGACGGCGCAGAUCAUCUGGGAGGGCAUCUGGAUGAGCUGUGUGGUGCAGAGCACGGGGCAGAUGCAGUGUAAGGUCUACGACUCCAUGCUGGCGCUCAGCACAGACCUGCAGGCCGCACGGGCCCUGGUGGUCGUGUCCCUGUUGGUUGGUCUUAUUGGGCUCUGUAUCACUUUCGUUGCUGGGAAGUGCACCAACUUCAUCACGGUGGAGAGCAGCAAGAACAGGACGAUGCUGGGGGCAGGCGUGCUGCUGGUCAUCUCCGGCAUCCUGUGCCUCAUCCCUGUCUCAUGGUCCGCCAGCACGGUCAUUCGAGAUUUCUACAACCCCGUGAUGGUUGACGCACAGAGACGGGAGCUGGGGGCUUCGCUCUACAUCGGCUGGGGGGCGGGGCUUCUGAUGAUACUGGGAGGGGCUCUUCUCUGUAGCUCCUGCCCCCCAAGCGACAACCAAGGAUCGUCUCUCAAGUACCAACCGGUGAAGAAGCCCAGUUCUAUAUUAAGCCAUACAGCACCACCUCUGAGGUCUGGCACACCUACAUCCAAGACUUACAUCUAAAAACAUGUGAAAGACAUUCUCUUGUGGGUGUGUUUGCUAAUGAAAACACAUUCUGAUGUACUGAGAUAUGCAGUGAAGAUUACUUAUGCGCAACUUCUUGGGUUGAAGCUUUUUUGUGUUUUUUCAAACACUGUCCCCUAUUAUAUAUCUGUGUUCGUAAGACUUUCAUUGACUGUAAUAAGAAUAUGUGUGUACAAUAACUUUAAUAAAUGCUCACUGUGAAUAGCCAA